AUGAUAGAAACCGGCUAUGCAGGCAGAAAUAAUGAUGAAGGAAUUUUUCGUGCAUCAAAUUUAGGUCAGUGGUUGGAAAGAAAUGGUCUAAAUCUACCCGCUAGUGCUUGUUUGCCACAUGAUGAGAGCCAGGAAAAAGUACCAUAUUUCUUCGUACGAGAGAACGCGUUUCCCUUAAAACGAUAUUUAAUGAGACCAUUCCCUAUACAAACACUGGAUAAUAAGAAACGUAUAUUUAACUAUAGGUUGAGCAGGGGACGAAAAACCAUAGAACGUAGUUUUGGCAUGACGGGACGUGGUAUUCGACACCAACAUCCGAACAUCGACUGA